AUGACAUCGCUACGGGAUGCCCUCGUCGCCGCCCUCAAGUCUCUUCUCCGGGGCAAGUCCUUCCUCCAGGCCCUGCUGGCCUUCUGGGUCGGACCAGCCGGCGCCCUGACCCCCCAAGAUGCCGAGCCCCCCAAGGGCGCCUCCACAGGGGGCUACGCGGCCGACUUCCUUGCCGAGGCCGAGGUGCUGCUUCUGGGGCCUAUUGCCAACGGCCGUCUCGAAGCCUUUGCAGCAAAGCUGAAGGCCCAAUUCCGGGAAGGCCUGCGGUCCAACCCGGCCUGCAUGCUCCCGUCAUACAACCACCAACUACCCAGCGGCACCGAGCGUGGCCGUUAUCUUGCCCUAGAUGUUGGCGGGUCGACUUUGCGUGUCGCCUUGGUGGAGCUGAAGGGUCGCGAAACUGCCAGCAAGAGCGAGACCGUCAUUAUACGAAUCGACUGCUUUAGGAUCGAUAACGACGUUCGAAGUCUUCGUGGAGCUGCAUUUUUCGACUGGAUGGCCGAGAGGAUACAACAAACAGUAGCCCAAGACGGCGGGCAGUCCUACAGCCUGAUGAACCCCCUUCUUAUGGGUCUGGCCUGGAGCUUUCCUAUUGAACAAACAUCUUCAAAAGGCGGGAUACUCUCCGGCAUGGGCAAGGGCUUCCUCGCAGCAGAGGGCCUCCUCGGCCAAGAUCUAGGAGAAAUUAUAAAAAAUGCCUGUCAGAAGAGGGGCUUGCACGUGGAGCUGUCGGCUAUUGUCAACGACUCGAGUGCCGCCUUACUGUCCGAGGCUUACUCUAGUCCAUCCACGCGGUUCGGCUUGAUUCUGGGAACAGGUGUCAACAUCGCCGCCCACCUCCCCGUUACAACCAUUGGCCAGCCGAAAUACGGAGAUAGGCCCGACAGCUGGUAUGAGAAGGCUAGCCACGUCGUUGUCAACACUGAGCUAGGCAUGUUUGGAACCGACAUUUUACCCCUGACCAGAUGGGAUAUCCUUCUAAAAAAGGGACAUCCCCGCCCGGAUUUCCAGCCUUUAGAGCAUCUCGUGAGCGGAUAUUAUCUAGGGGAGGUUUGUCGUCUCGCUUUAGUCGAGGCUGUUGAAUCGACUGGGUUAUUUAGUAGUGUUGUCCCGCCUUCGCUGUCGACGCCAUAUUCGCUCGACACCGAAACCCUGUCCCUGAUAGAGGGUGAUAGUAGCUCUUCACUUGAAGUGGCGCGGCUGAUAUUCACGACUCGGCACCCUUUACCCGAAAAUGUUCCGCCGCCAAGCACCGCCGACAUGGCCGCAUUGCGGACACUGUCUUCGUACAUCUCAAAGCGCUCUGCGUCCAUCGUUGCUGCGUCGCUAUUUGCGCUAUGGGAGCUCAAAGCCGAAACCGAGACCGACUUCCUCCGCGACACUACCGCUGGCUCACCAUUCGCGGCCGACACUGAGACCGAGAUGAGCCUCAACAAUGUCGUGGCCGCUUUCAAUGGCUCCGUCAUUGAGAGGUAUCCAGGCUACCGGCAUACCCUCCAGCAAUAUAUAAACCAGCUCGUAGCUUCGUCGAGUUUGGUGUCUGGGUCUGUUGAGCUGGUCGAGGCCAAAGAGAGCUCUCUCCUAGGCGCCGCCGUCGCGCUAGCUUCGCUAGAGUGA